AACAACCAAAUGUGAGGACAGACUCACGCUGCGCGGCGUCUUAACGCGCACGAGCAGGUGUCGCUUUCCAGUGGGACGUAUCUGCAGAUGCAGCCUCGCCGCAUUCGGCGUGCAGCGGCUGACGUCACGACGAGCGCUGAGCGAGAGGAGUUGAAAUAGGGCAGAGCAGGAGCGGAGCGCGGAGAGGAAAGCAGCCGAAGCCGAGGAUGCGCUGCGCCGCUCACAGCUGUGGACGCCGCCGCCGCUGCUGAUAGAGCCGAUCAUUCAUCCGAAGCCUCUGAACCGAGCCGGGCGGGAGGAAGGAGUGGGACUAAAGGACCAAGCGCAGUUUGGACGCGUGUCCGUGGGGAGAUCUGCUCGCAUUCCCUUCCUUUUCCGUCCUCGCGUCACCACAGGUACACACUCAUGGGCAGCUUGGGUGUUUGGGCAGUGGCUGUCGUCGCUCUGCUGGGCACCUCAGGGUGCUGGCUGGCUGAAGGGCACAAAGGCAGCAGGCGAGACAGCAUGGACAAAGCCACGAUGUCACGCAACUCCUCCCAGGGACCGCGCGCCAUGGAGAAGGGGAAAGCAGACGGGAGCAUCGAUCAAUCCCUCUCCGGCGCAGACGAGAGCCCGUGUCGGAGGACCUACUGCGGCCGCGGCCGGCAGUGUGUUCUGAUGGCGGAGACGGGCCGGGCCGAGUGCGUGUGCCAGGAGAAGUGCCGCCCGUCCUUUGUGCCCGUGUGCGGCUCCGACGGCAGGUUCUACGAGAACCACUGCGAGGUGUACCGCACGGCCUGCCUGGAGAGGAGGCGGAUCUACGUGGUGCACAGCAAAGACUGCUUCUUCAAAGGCAACGCUUGCACCAUGUCAGAGUACAACAAACUGAAGAGCACGCUGCUGGAGAUGCAACCCAAGGUGCUGCAGCCUGGAGAGCGGAGCCAGCAGAGGGACAUGGAGCAGAAGAGGGCCCAGGUGGACGCCAUGUUCACGUACCUGGACGGGAACCAGGACGGCCGGCUGAUCAGCGACGAGCUGGAGAAGAUCUCCACUAAGGAGCAGCUGGACAGCAGUCUGCUGGAGUGCACCAUGCAGGACCUGCUGCGCUACGACGACUACAACAACGACGGGCAUCUCAGCUUACACGAGUUCUACACGGCUUUCCAGGUCGUCCAGCUGAGCCUGUCGGAGGACCAGCGCAUCAGCGUCUCCACGGUAACCGUGGGCCUCAGCGCCGUCCUCACCUGUGCCAUUCAGGGGACGCUGCGCCCACCCAUUAUCUGGAAGAGGAACGGCAUCGUAUUAAACUUCUUGGAUCUCGAAGAUAUAAAUGACUUUGGGGACGAUGGCUCCCUGUACAUCACCAAGGUGACAACAAUCCACAUGGGGAACUACAGUUGUCACGCCUAUGGCUACGAAGACCUCUAUCAGACACAUGUGCUGCAGGUGAAUGUCCCUCCGGUCAUCCUGGUCUAUCCAGAGACGCAGGCCCAGGAGCCCGGCGUUUCUGCCAGCCUCCACUGCCACGCCGACGGCAUCCCGGAUCCCAAGCUCCUGUGGCUGAAGAACGGCAUGGACCUGCAGCCCAGAUCCUCCAAACAGCUUUCUCUCAUAGCAAACGGUAGCGAGCUCUUCAUUGGCAGCGUCCGCUACGAGGACACCGGAGCCUACACAUGCAUCGCCAAGAACGAAGUGGGAGUGGAUGAGGACAUCUCGUCUUUGUUUGUGGAAGACUCAGCCAAGAAGACCCUUGCAAACAUUCUGUGGAGAGAAGAAGGUUUGAGUGUGGGGAACAUGUUCUACGUGUUCUCUGACGAGGGCAUCACAGUUCUCCAGCCCAGUGAAUGUGAGAUACGCAGACACAUGAAGCGGACUGAGAGGGUUGUCGCCACUUAUGAGGAGAUGUGCCCUAAAGGUGAGGGGGUCUCGCCUCAGCGCUGCGUGUGGUCCUCAGCAGUCAACAUCAGGGAUAAGUACAUCUACGUGGCCCAGCCCCUCCAGAGCCGACUGCUGGUGGUGGAUAUUCAGGCACAGAAGGUGGUGCAGGCAGUAGCAAUAGAUCCCUUCCCUGUGAAGAUGCUCUACGACAAAUCCCACGACCAAGUGUGGGUGCUCACAUGGGGCGACAUGGACAGAACACACCCAACACUACAGGUGAUUCCUCAAGCCAGCGUGGGUGAAGUGCAUCACGCCAUCCGCACAACGUUCCAAAGGGUCAACGACUUCUUCAUUCCUCCAACCAACCUGAUAAUCACUCACGUGAGGUUUGCCUUCGUCUUCCUCAAAAACGAACCCGCAGUGCACAAGAUUGACCUGGAGACCUUCCACCGCGUCAAAACCAUCAGCCUGAAGAACCACAGCUGCGUUCCCGUCAGCAUGGCCUACACACACCUGGGCGGCUUCUACUUUGUUCAGUGCCGGAGCAAGAGCGGCCUCAAGGCCCCGCCCCAAAUCCUGAUUGAUAGCGUGACGGACACCGUGAUUGGCCCCAACCUCAACGUCACAGGGCAGCCCUUCGUGUCGCCGGACGGCCGCUACAUCGUGACGCCCGACCCGCAGAGCUCGAAGCUGCUCAUUCAGACAGUGUCCUUUCAGGGGGAGCUGGGCCUGAACCAGGAAGUGGACAUCACCGUGGAUGUGUCUGACCUGGUCUUCCAGCCCUCCUUCAAAGAAUCCAACCAGCACGUGGUGGUGGCGACCUCGGGCUCAGGCACGGACCUGCUCUUUGCGGAUCUCUCCACGGGCCGCUCCGAGGUUGUGCAGAGCCUCAAGGAGCCCCUGGACCCCCACGCCUGGCCCUGGGGGGGCCCCAUCAGAGCGGUGGCCUCCAGCGGCCUGUUCGGACAGUACCUGGUGACGCCGUCCACCGAGUCCCUGUUCGUCCUGAACGGAAAGCAGAGAACGCCGCACUGCGAGGUGUCAGACAUCAAGAGAGGGAACACAGUCGUGUGGGUCGGUGAGGUAUGAGUAGAAAAAAGGCUGUAGGAAACGUUGUCAAACGAUCAGGCCAAAUUAUCUAUUAUAAAGAUUUCUUUCAACAUACAGUAAGUUGUUGACUCAACCCUGGGACUGAGCGACACGGAACACGUCCGGGUUCAUUCUAACAAACGUACACUUAAAAUAGGCUAUUGGAAAAAACAUUAAGAAUCUUUUGUUGUGAUAUUUCUAUUGGGAGAAAGUGUCAAUGCCGUUCAGUGCAACAGUGAUCUACGUGCACUCAACUUUACAGAAAUGUACAUUAUUGCACUUCCUUCCAUGUUAUCACAGCAAAUAGGAACCUGACAAUGGGUAAUUAACCAACUAUGAACUAUGCACAAUGCUCACUUUUUUUAAGAGUAAAAGCUUUUCCGAUUUUGGUUUUCUCAACAAUGUUCGUCGUUUUCACCAGUGCUGCAUAUAAUCACCACAAACUGUCUGUCCUUAGUGUAUGUGUGUUUUGGGUCUUUUUAAAAGCUACCGAGCUGUUUAUUCACCUGUGUCAUGGUAUUGUACUGUAACCCCCCACCCCCGGAAGCUUUUAUUCUCCCAACGCUGGCAGAAGUUGGCUUUAUGCACACGUAUGUAUAAAACCCUCUAUUUCCACGGUCUGAUUGGUCCAUUAGCCCCCGACGACGGAUCUCUGGCUCGCAGAGGGAGUCCGGCUAGAAAUGAACAAUACAUCUAGCAAUGGUCUAAUCUGUCCCCCCACUGUCUCACAUUCACUCUGUACCUGCAGCACCACUCUGUGCUGCAGAGCCUGAAAAUGCCACUUAGCAGAUUCCCUCAGGGUAAUAACUCUGGUUUGCGCUGACCUGCACGCUGAGGCUGUGCCAAAGCGGCAUCAACUCGCUAUCUGACCGGCUGUGAGCGUUUGUACACGCACCCGGAGAGCCAUGCGUCAAGCUCCCGCUCCAAGGCAGGUUUUCAGCGGCCGCGCCGGUCGGCAUCGAAGUCUAGCAGCUCGUUCCAAACGCAGGGAGGCGCUUCUUACACAUUUUACCCUCGUUUCGGAUUAUUAGCAUUCGUUUCGUUACCAUUCUAAAAACCUACUCUUGAAAAACACAAUAGUGUGAGUUCCGAGGCAGCAACAAUAAACACCAGCAAAUCUUUACCUACUGAAAGAGUGGAAACUGAAAGUCUCUAUCUUUGUCUUUUCUGUACUGUACUUUGGUCAUUUGCACUAAUCAUUGUAACGAUGAUCCAUCAGCAGCAGGAAAGCACUGAGGCUUCUCUGUAUUGAUGGAGUCAGCUUGGAGAACGCGCUUCCCAGCCUUGGAGCGACAGCUUUGAGGCCUGACCCUGCUCUGUGCCUCCCAGCUUCAAACGACCCCUGGAAAUCAAUGAAUGUAGAAAACCUGUACAAACUGAUUUAAAUAAUAAAACAAGCGUGACACCUUUUCCAAAGACAGUUAACUCUUACUUACAUAUUCAGAAGACGUAAAUCCUACAUUGAAACUAUCUAGAACACAACCAUCACUUAACCUAAUGAAAGAAACUAGAACCAGUCACAGAACCAGCAAACGUCUGCUUCCACUCAACCAGUAGAUGAUGGAGAAGCUCAAACGUUCACAGCCACAGCGGAUUUCAGUUGAUCUGUUUUGGUCGCUCACGAUGCAAUAUUGUGUCCAACAUGGUAAAAAAAAUCAGAAUCUGAGUUGUUCCCUGUCAAACUAACUAACUCCCAUCACGUCCUCCCGAUACGUAGCUGUGCCUGUAACUCUGCAAUGCGAUGUGUAGGGUAGAAACGAAGCUGUACGAGGAAACGUCAAAAGUGAACAACUUGUUGUUGAUAUUUGUGUUUUAGGUGUUUGCUGCUAAUCUGCCAUGAACCAUUCUGGCAUUGAAGCCUGUUUCAAGGCAAAGACUUAAAGAUGCUGAUGUUUCUUAGACCACUGUUGCACUGAGGACAGAAAUAUAUCUGACAGACGUUCGAAUGGAAAUUUGUAGCCCUGUUCUCGCACCAUUUAAAGGUUCAGCCUCAAGUCACCCUCCAACGGCAGAAAGAGCAGGCUGCAGUAUUCCACAGCUGAGACAUGCAUGUACCCGAACCAGACCUUCAGCACGACUAUUCCUGACCUCACACUCACCUGCAGUUCACACUUGCUUGUGGAAAAUGAAGUCACUCAUUGUCACGUCCGUCAGCAUUUCUGUGGAGGUCGAUUCAGCAGAAUGACAUCACGACUAGCGCCACGGAGGGCAAAGACGCUGCAGCGCUGGCUGGUGCUGCCAGAACCCGCUGGCGUUCGGACCUGCUCCUCUCCUUUAAGCGUCCAGUAAGAGGCUGCAGAGCUGAAGCGCUGGCUGUGGUAGACGUCGAUAGAACCACUGUUGUAGAUAAAAGGUUCAUGUUUAGACCUCGAUCAAACAUGACAAAACUGACUGUACAGUUUUCUUUAUGCAUUUUGUGUGUUCUGGUUUAUGAGGGACUUGUUUUGUAAGAAAAAAUCGAAAUAAAUAUAUUGUAAAAACCA